AUGUACCGGAAAAGCCAGAAAGCAAUUGAAUCUUGUAUCAUAGUGAAACCACCUUUGCAAGGCUAUCUUGAUGCACGCUCAAUUCUCAAACAACAAUUCGGACGAGAUUACAAAGUUGUAAACGCAUUUAUGGAUUCACUCAAAAAUGGUCCUAGCAUAAAACCACAAGAUUCUGAAGCAUUAUAUGAUCUUGCCACACAAAUGCGUAAUUGUGGUAUCAUUUUGACGAAUUGGGAACAUAGCUCUAAGCUUGACAGUCAAGAUCUGUUUGACAAAAUCUAUUUACGACUUCCAGUACCAAUGCAAAGAGAGUUCACAAGACAUCAUACAUCUACUUACAAUAGUGACAAAGAACCAACAUAUCAUGAUUUGUAUAAAUUUGUUAAUCAAUCUGCAAUAUUGGCAGAUACUAGGCUGAGCCGUCUCACUGCAGAGCAAAAUUUGAAGAAUAGAAAUGCUAUGCCAAAAAAGAGCUAUAAUUCUACCAAGGUGUCCGCUUAUGUCACCCAAACAUCACAAGUUAAGUCGUCCAAUGUGUUUUCGGAUUGUUUACUUUGUGAUGGACCCCACAGGUUGUGGAAAUGUGAAUCCUUUAUCAAGAAGUCUGUUCCAGACCGUGCAAAGUUUAUCCAGUCAAAAGCUUUAUGUUUCAAUUGUUUUCGUACCAAGCAUGUAGCACGCAACUGUCCCAGUGACAACCGAUGCAAAAUUGAGAACUGCGGAAAAUUGCACCAUUCGCUUCUACACAACCAAGAACGUAUCAGACAGGACAAGCCUUCUGAUAGAAAUGCAGCAAGUGACACUUCAACUCAUGUUGUCAAUGGAAGCACUGAUGCAUCAAUUCUCAAUUCAAGGAAAAGGGUAUAUCUCAUGAUUGUACCAGUUAAUGUAACUUCGUCAGAUGGUUCACACUCUGUGAAAACCACUGCACUUCUUGAUUAUGGCUCAAAUGCAACUCUUUGUAAGCUAAGUCUUAUGAAGAAACUCAAGGUGAAAGGAAAGCAAGAUUCUUUCACUAUUUCCACAGUCAAUGGCCUACAUAAGCAAAACGGCUACAGAUUGCACCUAAAUGUUAAGGGUCUACAGGAAUCUGACGAGUUUAUGUUGGAAGAUGUUCUAGCUGUUGAGUCACUUCCAAUACUUUCAGAUGGACUUCCUACGAAGGCAGAUAUACAAAGUUACCGGCAUCUUAACGGUAUCGAUUUUCCUGAAAUAGGGAAUCAUGAACCAGAAUUAUUGAUUGGUGCUGAUAAUUAUGAAGCUCUAAUAAUUCAAGAUAGAAGACUAGGAAUAAAGGCCAACCUGCAGCUGUUCAUACCCCACUUGGAUGGACACUCAUAG